AUGUUUUUAAGGAUAAAAAAGAUACUAAAAAAGUUUUUUCCUAAGUUCGAUGACAAUAAUUCCGCAGUUGGCUCCGUAGAUCCAUGGAAAUGGAAAUGGAUGGUGUGUUUGCUAUUUUUGGUUCCCUUUAAACAUUUUACUUCAUUUGCAAUUACAGGUAAGACUUAUCUAAGCGAUGUGAUUGUUGGAUGUGCUAUGAUGAUUUUGUCCUUCGCAUGCCUUUGGGCAUACUCAGUCAUUCUGAGGACAAUCUGGAAAGAUGGCGAAAUGCUCAAGAUGGUUUCAUACAAAUUGAUGUUCUUGUUGGGAAUCUUCGAUGUAAUUCAGUGUUUUCCUCAUUUUAUUACCGGAAUAUUCACAGUUUGCCCCUCAAUCUACAGCCCUGGUCUUGCGAAGGCCAUGGGCGUUCUGGCUACACCGGCCUAUGUAGCGUAUACAAUGCUUACUAUAAUUUUAUCUUUCAAUAGAUUUAUACAGAUUUAUUCUAGUGAGCUUGAAACGAUCCUAUUCAGCAGAAUAGGCAUUCGGAUUUGGGUUGGUUUUACGAUCCUUGUUUGGUUGAUAUACGCAUUUUUUCUCGCCUCUCCAUGGGCAACAAUUAUGUACUUUCCCGAUGCCUAUUCUUGGGACUAUGAUUACACCUUGAAACUCUCCUACUAUGUUCAAAAAUGUGAAAUGGUUAUCGAACUGAGCACUAUUCUCAUAUCCGCCGUCUUCUAUAUCUUCGUCGUCAUUGCGCUCUAUAGAACUCGAAAGCGCUUCGUAGCAGCAGCGAAUUAUUCAACUGAGGUGAAGAUACUGAUACAAGCCUUGGUAAUCACUGUUUAUUGCACUGUACUCAAUUUUCUUUGGCACAACCCUCAGGUAUGUUUAAAACUCAAAAAAAAACGAAGUUCCUUUGCUACCCAAAUGAGCACAUUUGUCCAAGUAAAAAAAAAUCGAACUGCCUCCCUCUUUUCCUUCUACAAAAAAUUCAUUCGCUUCUUUGAUUAGGU